AUGAGGCGUUGCCGCAUUUGUUCUUUUUUAGCGCUUAGCGUAUGCUUGAGCUGGAAGAACUGCUUCAUGAACCUUCGUCGCGAGAUGCUGAGUGUGGUAUGUGCACUGAGUUGGACGUCGCCGGCGCUUGCAAAUAGCAUUAUCAAGCAGAUGGCAGGCGAAUCCAGGAAACUGUCAGAUGCCCUCAAAUCAGGAAAGCCACUUGUUGUGGACUUUGCUGCAGAUUGGUGCCCUGAUUGCCAACAAAUGGCGCCUGUUCUUCUGGAGCUCAAGCAACAACUGGGUAGGGAUGUGGAAUUUGUCACAUUGGAUGUAUCAUAUGCAGCGCCAGGAUCUACACUCCCCCGAAGUCUUGAGAAUGACUUGUGGGCAAAGAGGUUUGGAGUGGAUGGCCUGCCGCAUGUAGCAUUCAUCGACUCGCAGCACCGUGUGCAAACUGCGCUAGUUGGAGACGUACCUCCAAAUGUUGUUCGCGCUGAUGUUGAGGCGCUGAUUAAAGGAGGCGAACUACCAUUUAUUAUGUAUGAUGCGUUUCAAGGGCAGAACAAUAUUCUGCAAUAA